AUGAGUGAGUUUAAGGUUGGCUCCAAGUUAAAAGAACAAGUAGUGUGUAAUAUGCAGCCAUUAAUUUUAUGUUUACACAAACAUGAUGAUGAUAUAACAAAAUGCAUACCUGAAAUUGCCAUAUUUGAAAAAACAUGUAGUAAAAAGGUGAACUAUGUUCAUGAUCGAAUAGGAUUGGAUGAUACAAGGAAUACUUUAUAUACUGGGAAAAAGGCUAUAUAA